CACUUUGACGCCGAGAAGUAGGGAGACCGGGUAAAGUUAUCUCCCUCAGGAGGAACGGUUUGUACCUUAAGGUCAAACCGUCGGUGUGACGCCGAGCAACCGGAGGAAUGGCCGACCUGUGGGUUUCCUUGACGGUGCUGGGAGCUGCGGUGCUCCUCAGCGAGGCGACACGCCGAACCGCGGCGCGUCUGUUCCCCGGAGCUUAUUGGAUUUACCUGCUGGAAGCGGCGUCCACCUUCCAGCUCUGCUGCUGCACUCAUGAACUCAAACUGCUGGGCGAAACGGCCCGGCUGGAGCUGCCGCUGAGCCUGGCCCUAACCUACACUAUGACGGUCAUCCACCUCCUAACUUUCCGGGGGGCGACGUGUAACCCCAGCGGGGCUCUGGAGAGCGUUUGCCGCGGUACCAGCACCGGCAAGGCGGCCGUCAUCCUCAUAGCCUGCCAGUUCGCAGCUGCGGUAGCCGCGCAGUUUUUCGCAGCCUCCGUGUGGUCGCUGGGUCUGUCCGACAUCCACGUAAGGCACCAGAGGUUCGGCUUCAGAUGUUUCGACCCCCUCGGAGGGACCGUGCUGGAGGCCGCGGCCGUGGAGCUGGCCUGUGCGUUCAUAGUCCAGGCUGCGGCCAUGCAUGUGCACAAAGUGGACGAAAAACUCCGAGUCCACUGCAUCGCUGCUGUCAUCACCGCGCUGGUUUACACAGGUGGGAGUAUUUCAGGGGCUGUUUUUAACCCCGUCCUGGCCUUCUCCAUCCAGUUCCCCUGCAGUGGUCACACCUACCUGGAGUACUGCUUUGUCUACUGGCUAGGACCAAUCCUAGGUGUGGCGAGCUGCAUCCUGCUGUUUGAGAAGGUCAUCCCCUUCCUCUCUGGAAAAAGCACCAUUGGGCUGGACGUCCCUGCUGCCCAGAAACAGAAGACACAGUAGCAGUGACGUGCGGACGGGCCAGAGUUUAAGUUUUUUUUUUUUAAGCUUUUUAUUCCCUGUGUCUGAGAAUAAUACCAGCGUAAAUAGUUUUUUUCCCCCUUGUCAUUAACACUUACGACGGCAGCACAUUAAGUCCAGUCAUGACUCGUACUGCACUUGUGCUACAACGUGGCUGUUGUCUGCAGCUCCUGCUGUCUGUUGUACGGCAGGUUUACCACACACAUAACGAUAUCAGAGUGAACAGCACUUGUACUGAUGUUUUCCCAACAUAUGCUAACCUAAUUAUGAUGCUAAUAUGUAGCAUAGGGGGGUGGGGGGGGUUACAGACAACGUGCUCAAAUCAAAGAUAGAACAGUUAAUGUUGUCGGCUUCCUAGCUGGUGUCUGAAGUGAUAUUACAAACAAUUUUACCAAUCAAAUUACAGUAUUGACACUUGACAAUAUCAGUCAGAACCAAAAAGUUAAUGCCAAGGAUAGCUGCUGAUUUUUCAUAAAAAAUAUUUUUUAUAGUUGUCAUGAAAGAUUUAAGGAUAUGCAAGCUUAUAAAUGCACCUGUACUUAAGUUUUGCCAAAUGUUUUUCACAUGGAGACUGUGAGAAGCACAACACUAAAGAAGAAGUGAAUGUAAGCAAGUGUUACUGUUGAAAUGGAGAGUUGCUACAUCAUUACUUUAUGUGAGACUACACCAAAUGGGAAACAACAUGAAGACGGCUGAAAGCACUGUGGUUUGCAAAACGGGCUGGUUGCACAAAUCACCUUAAGUCUCCUCCUAAGGUUUCCUUAAAAUGUUAGUAUUUAAGCUUUUCUCCUUAUCUUAGUCUUUAACUUCAGGAAUCACUUAAAGUCAGUUAAAUUGUUGCACAAAAGACCAAAGUUCACCGAGGUGAAGUUCCCGUCGAAACUACAGGAGGAUGUGAUAGCAGCUUCUUUAACGUUACGAGCUUCCCAAAAGUGAUAACAGGUAUCACAAGUGCUAAUGUCAGCAAAUCAAUGGUCUCCAUGGAAACAGUAUAAUUUUACUGCCGUUAAUUUCUUAACUUUUUUCGUUCACUGAGGAAACCUUUUGAGAGAUUCUGUGCAAACCAGAAACUUAACCAAAGCACAGCUAAAGGACGCAGAGCAAAAGAAGAAUAGAGGUGGUUUUUAAAAGCAGAGGAGUAGAACAUUACAGCCACUUAAAUUAGUCAUUUUCUCUGUGCAGUUUGGUUGAUCUAUGAGCUUAAAAAGUUUCAGUAAAUAUCUUCAGUUUUGCAAGCAGGGUGCUUCCAGAUGUAUUUGUGUUGUUUCUGUCAGCCCUUUUUAUUUUCACUGCACGACAUAAAAUAAGCGCACAAAGUGGGACAGAAGACAUGUUUUUUCAAGUGACAUUCCUAAAAAAAAGAGAGAAAGAUAAACACUAUAGCCAAACCUGAUGAAAGGCAUGUUUUUAUUAUUACACUAAUUCAUAAUCUUUUAAAUCCCACAGUCCUGAAGCACAGUUAUUUUAAAGGUGAAGUGAGACAGCACAAAAGGUUGUAAGGUUUGGUCCGUGUACUUUGCACAAUUAUCAUAGCUUUACACUUUCAGGUGUCUAAUUGCACAGAAUAUUUUUUUCUAGCGCACUUGGUACGUAAACACAAGUUAAAGAAAACUGGAUUUCACUGUGAACUCUGUGACGCUGACACUGAGUUUUCCCUCUUAAGUUUAGUUGACCAAAGCUUAUACUGUUGAAUCUUUGUUUUCCUGCAUAAAUCAUGUUUGACUGUUUGUUCUGCUGCAGGUGAUAAUUUACUGUUUAUCAUUAAUAUUGACAAAGAGUUGAAAGUAUACUACUGUAAUAUUUGCAUUGGGAUUUUAAUAAUAUUCUGUAGUUUUUGGGGGUUUUUUUCUCUGUCAGAACUGCACAAACUUCCAUUUCUCUGUGAACCAAGGACAAGGUCAUUUACAGCUUUAAAUACCUCGAGAGUCUGGAUGUCAUAAUGUGUUGAGACUUGAUGAUUAUGUUGAGAAUGUGAAUAAAAAUUGAUUUUCUCUUACA